AUGAGUUUUGUUGAGAAAAUGGUUGCAAGUAUUGUUAACAACAUUCAGGUAACAUUGAAUAAUGUGCAUAUCCGUUAUGAAGACUCUGUGACCAAUCCAGGCAAUCCUGUAGCUUUUGGUGUGAUGUUACAAAGUUUAACCGCUCAAACUACGGACGAUUUAUGGCAGCCUACCACGGUUGAUGCCACAGUAACUAUUAUGAGAAAAUUAAUCAAGAUGGAGAACUUGGCCGCUUACUGGAAUUCACCGGUGAAGACUCGUAUUGGUUCGUUUAUAGGGAGUGGAAAAUGGCUGUCGAUGAUGCAGGAGGUCGUGGUAAAUCAUAAAGUUAAUGGCGAAGAAGUUGACUUUUUAAUUCAUCCCAUCAGUACGGAGGCCAGGAUAUCGUUUGACAAAUCUAGCAAAGUAGAUUUCUUACAACCUAAACUGAUGCUAGAAAUUGUGACUGAAGAGAUCGCAACUGCGUUGUCAAGGAAACAAUACAUAGAGAUAUUGGAUUUAAUACAAGCUUUCAAACUAAUGGAAGUUAACAAAUUAUACAGAAAGUAUCACCCAAAUGUGCAAGUCAAAGGCAAUGCCAAAGCUUGGUGGCACUAUGCAUAUUCAUCUGUACUUGAAGAACAUAUCAGACCAUGGUCCUGGGAAAGAAUUAAAGAACAUAGAAGCAUGUAUAAACGAUAUAAAAAUGUUUAUAAAAAGAAGAUAGAAUAUCCAGACCAUGCAGAUAGAUACAAAACUGAAUUGAGACAACUGGAAGAAAGAAUGGAUAUUGCUAAUAUAUUAAUGGCAAGAGAACAUGCUAGACUAGAGUUUGUGAGGGAAGCUCCAGAACGAGAGAAACGAAGGAAGAAAGAAAAAGAUGGAAGUUGGUCAAUAUGGAAUUGGUUUUCAUCAAGUACAGACAGUGAAGCAGAAUUAGACAUAGAAGAAUCAGAUGAUAGUGGAUUUCUUGACACUUUGAGUGACAAAGAGAAGGAAGAUUUAUACAAAGCCAUUGGAUAUGAUGAGAGUGAACUAGAAAGAGAAGAAGAUAAACCUAUUGAAUAUGUGGAAAGGAAAUUCACAUUUUCUUUAAAUCAUUGUGUGUUGACUUUAAAGAAUCCGUCUGAAAUUAUGAAGUUUUCAUUCCAUAAUAUGAUAACAUCGCUUGAACAAAGACCAUCAGCAGAUGCAUUCAGGUUAAAAACAAACACAGAUAGUGUAUUGAUUCAAGGCUGCACACCAAACCAUGAAUUGAUUCCAAUUUUAACCUCAGAGAAAACCAGAACUAAUGGGUAUGGUACACAAGUGUUUGGUUUAGAGUUUGAAACCAAUCCUUUGACUGUCAAUGCUGACAGUUCAGUGGCUGUUAAUAUGGAACCUGUGGAGAUAAUCUAUCAUGAGCACACCAUCUCUGAAGUGAUGUCAUUUUUCACUGUACCUCAAGUUGAUGUGGAAGAACUAAAAGCUGCAGCCAGUAACACACUGUCAGAAUUAGCUGUUGUUACCAAAUCCAACCUCAUGUUUGCCAUAGAUAACCACAAGACAAUACAUGUGGAUGUCGAUAUGAAGUCUCCUUAUAUCAUUAUACCAGAACAUGGUGCUAUCGACAAAGGUGGUAAUCUACUUAUAUUAGACUUAGGUAGCUUAAAUAUAUCUAGUGAUCUACAAACAACAGCACCACAAUUAGAGGAUGCUACAAUGACAGAAAUUGAACAGCAUCUUUAUGAUAGAUUUACCAUAACAGUGAGUGAUAUCCAAGUCUUGUUUGCCAGUGCAGAUGAAGAUUGGCAUAAUGCACAUGCUCUGAAGGAUUCAGAAUUUCACAUCCUGCCCAGUACUCUCAUCCAGGUCUCGGUUUUCUUGAGUGUAAAACCAGAUUAUAAAGUUCUACCACAGACUAAGUUGGAAGCAGUGGUGCCAUCAUUGAAGGUGACAGUUUCAGAUAACAGAUUGAAAGCUCUACUUAAGUUUGGACAGACAUUGCCAAUGCCAGCCACCAAAGUUACUAUUGCGAGUAGUACCCUGCCUGCACUUGACAAAAAACACAUCAAAUCUGUUUUAUCAGCAAAUUCUUUGAAGAAGCUCAAGAAAUCUGUUUCUAGGAAACCCAAACCAGUAGCUACCUUGGAUGAAAUAGAUGCCAGAGAAGAGCCAGUACUUUCAUCUCAACCAUCAUUAGCAGCCUCUGAUCAUUCUGAUGAAGAAGUCAUUGAUUGGGCAUCAGUGUUAGAAGUGCCUGCGUAUGAAGACACAGCGUCUAAUACUAACACCAUAUCUAUGUUACUCAGAUUCGUCAUACGAGAGGUUGUUUUGUCAGUAUCUAAGGUACAAGCACCAAAGCCGACUGUUCCAUCUGAAGAUAUCACAGUUGACAGUGACUUUGAAGCGAGACACAGAUAA